UCCAGCCCCACAACCACCAGCCCCACAACCACCAUCAGCCCCACAACCACCUCCAGCCCCACAACCACCACCAGCCCCACAACCACCACAACCACCUCCAGCCCCACAACCACCAGCAGCCCCACAACCACCAGCCACACAACCCCCACAACCACCUCCAGCCCCACAACCACCACCAGCCCCACAACCACCUCCACCACCAGCCCCACAACCACCUCCAGCCCCACAACCACCUCCAGCACAACCACCUCCAGCCCCACAAGCAGCCCCACAACCACCUCCAGCCCCACAACCACCAUCACCAGCCCCACAACCGCCACCAGCCCCACAACCAUCACCAGCCCCACAACCAUCACCAGCCCCACAACCAGCAGCCCCACAACCACCUCCAGCCCCACAACCUCCAGCCCCACAACCACCUCCAGCCCCACAACCACCAACAGCCCCACAACCAGCAGCCCCACAACCACCUCCAGCCCCACAACCACCACCAUCCCCACAACCACCAGCCCUACAACCACCUCCAGCCCCACAACCACCUCCAGCCCCACAACCUCCAGCCCCACAACCACCUCCAGCCCCACAACCUCCAGCCCCACAACCACCUCCAGCCCCACAACCAGCCCCACAACCAGCCCCACAACCACCAGCCCCACAACCACCUCCAGCCCCACAACCACCAGCACAACCACAACAGCCGGCUCAUCAGUUCGAUGUGAGAAUGGUGGGACGUUGGUCGACGGCCGCUGCGUCUGCGAUGUCGGAUUCACGGGUGAAACCUGCAGCUUCGUCGCCGAGCAAAUCGACGCCACGCCGGAGACGAACGGCUCCGUGAUGGUGGAGCUCAGGGUCACCAAUCGGGUUUUCGAGGAGGAUUUCCUGGACAACUCGUCCACGGCCUACAGAGAAUUUGUGCUGGACUUCAGCAAGAGGAUGGAUGAGGUCUAUCAGAACAUCGAGGGCUACCGCGGCAUCCAGGUCCUACAGCUGAG